CUUCUUGACAGCGCAAGCUGCUUCCUUUAUGAGAAUUUUAUUUAACACAGCGGGCAACGCGGCUCUUUCUGCUUACCUUCAUUGGCCAUUUCCGGCCAGCCGUGCUCUUUCUACCGCCACCGCUGCGAUGCCGCCGCUACGGAGCUGCUGGCAUCGCCUGAACACGCGGCGGAGCUCUUAUCGCCCUGGACGCCUCUGUGUUCAGGUCAAUGGCGAUGGGACGAAGGAGAGAGUGGUGGUGGUCAUGGGCGCUACCGGCACGGGGAAGUCAAAGCUGUCUGUGGAGCUGGCCACCAAGUUCUCCGGCGAGGUGGUGAACUCGGAUAAGAUUCAGGUCUAUGGAGGGCUCGACAUCGCCACCAACAAGAUGCCCAUGGAGGAGCGUCGCGGCGUGGCACACCAUUUGCUGGGGGAUCUUCAUCCAGAGGAGGGUGAGCUCCCGCCCGCAGCGUACAGGGAGUUGGCGGCGCGCGCCAUCGUCGGUAUCGCCUGCCGAGACCGGAUGCCGGUGGUGGCGGGCGGGUCGAACUCCUUCAUACACGCGGCCUUGGCCGGGAGCUUUGACCCCCGGUGGAGUCCUUUCGAGGCGGGCUGGAGGCAGAGGAUGAGGAAAAGGGCAACCCUCCGGUACUGCUGCUGCUUCCUGUGGGUAGACGUGGACGCGUUGGUGCUGGCGGAGCAGCUCGACCGGCGUGUGGACGAGAUGCUGGCGGCGGGGAUGGUGGAGGAGCUGGGUCAGUACUUCGAAGAAGAAUCGGCAUCCGUGGCGGGCGAGUCGAGGCAUCCAGGGUUAGGCAAGGCGAUCGGGGUGGCAGAGUUCCGGGAAUACUUCCGGGGAAAGGGUCGGGGAACAGAAGCGGCGUACGAGGCGGCCGUGUCAGCCAUCAAGGCGAACACGCGGCGGCUCGCGGAGGAGCAGGUGCGGAAGAUCGAGCGACUGGGGGAGAUAGGGUGGCCGCUGCAGAAGCUCGACGCUACGGCAGCGGUGUCGGCUCGACUGAAGGGAUCCAUGGCGGAGGCAGAGACGGCGUGGGAGAGAGACGUAGCGGGACCUGGCGCCGCAGCGGUGGAGCAGUUCUUGAAUGAGGCGGCAGAGGUCCAACAACAACUCCACCAUCGGCACAGCGUACCUUCUCCUCUGCUUUAUACUUAGUUCGACUUUUUGGCGCCGUCCUGCUUCUUCCACAGACUCCAUUAGAGCAAUUCCUAAACGAGGCGGCAGAGGUCCAACAACAUCACCACCAUCUGCUCAUCGUACGUUCUCCUCUGCUUUAUACUCAAUUCGACUUUUAGGCGCGUCCUGCGGCUUCCACGGACUCCAUUCUCUAUUUCUCUUCCUUUGUUAAUCUCUUCCUCUGUUUU